AUGAAGAAUCUCACGAUCGUUGACCUACAGUGUGAUGGCCCUGACAUUGUGUUUCUCUCCACUUCGCGCCGCACAGUCUUACGUCGAGGCAACGUGGUCAUCAAAUCCGGAUCCAGCGUCAGAAGGGAGGAGGCGGAUACUCUUCGCUUUGUUCGCCAGAAUACGUCGGUGCCUGUGCCAGAGGUAUAUGACGACUAUCCUCAAUCCGACGGUACUCACGUCAUUGUCAUGGAAUACGUCGAGGGCGAACCACUGUCCGAACUAUGGCCGACCCUCUCAAACGAGGAAAAACUGGAAAUUAGCGGACAGCUACGAGAGAUCCUCGGUAAUCUACGAGAGAAGCGAGGCAAUUAUAUAGGAGGUAUCGGAGGCACUGCUGCGGUUGACUCUCGGAAAACCACCCUCGUCGGUGGUCCUUUUGCGACUGAAAUGCAAUUCAACGACUUCCUCCAGUCUGAUCUCAUCAAGGCGGCACAGCGCAGAUUUUCCUCGACCUUCUCUAAAGUUAUGACAUCGACCCACAAGAUCCUGCUCACCCAUGGCGACAUCAAUCCACGGAACAUCAUCAUUCACAACCGCCGGAUCACCGCCGUUCUGGACUGGGAGAACGCCGGCUGGUAUCCAGAAUAUUGGGAGUACGUGAAAUUCUUCAGCGCUUUGGAUGAUUCGGACUGGGAGACCUAUACCAAGCACAUCUUCCCUCAGACGUACCCGCAAGAACUUGUAAACGACCUUCUCCUGGGCCAGCUGCUCCGUCACUGA